CCUCUUAACGUUUUGACUUUUUCUGUGUUUCAAAGUUGGGCGGAUUUUAUUGGCUCUGUACCGACCUGUUGCUUAGGGACAUUAUGUUCUCAUUACAUUUGAGUUAAAACUCAGUCAUUUUAGGGUUGAAGAGGAUUCCUCCUACACAUCAAACACACCCAUGUGCAUGUCACAGUCUAAAUGGAUCCACAGUGCCACCUGAUAAUGUAGCAGAGAGAGAGGUAGGCUGCCAGGUCAACUCUGUUUAUCAGAACGUCGGAGGAGGAGGAGGAGGAGAGCAGUGAGUGAUGAAAGAAGAUAGAGAGCUGAGAUGACAGCUGGCUGAUGGAGGGAGAGAUAGAGGUCUGGAGGUUACGUGUGAGGGAGAGAUAGAGGUCUGGAGGUUACGUGUGAGGGAGAAAUGAGAAACGUCAGUGGCUGCAACAAGCUAAACCCAGACAGACAGAACAAGACACAACAGAGUAUGGCAGAAACCCCAGCAGAGCCUCAGAUUGACUGUGAGCUGCAGCCCCCAUCUAAUACCCUUUCUGAGCCUCAGCUCCAGUACCAACUACAUCCUCUCUCUGAGCCCCAGCCACUACCCCAGCCUGAUACCCUUCCCCAGCCACUACCCCAGCCUGAUACCCUUCCCCAGCCACUACCCCAGCCUGAUACCCUUCCCCAGCCACUACCCCAGCCUGAUACCCUUCCCCAGCCUUGGCCCCUGCCCCAGCCUCAGCCGGAUAGCCUUCCUGGGCCCCAGCCACUACCCCAGCCUGAUACCCUCCCUGAGCCCCAGCCCCCGUCUGAAGAGGAGGUGAAGCCCUGGGUGUGGACACGUCACUGCGUACUCCUUCUCUUCCUCUUGGCAUCCUCCUUCUGUGCCUCCAUAGUGGGCCUGGCCUACUACUCCCAGCAGCACCUCCCACCAGAGAGCACACCGCCAGCCUCUCCUCCAUGUACCUCCCCGGCUUGUCAAAGGGCUACCGCCCGUCUUUCCAUCUCAGUCGACCCCUUCUCUCAGCCCUGUGACUACUUCCUGUUUCCCUGUGGGUCUGAAGGGGCGUCUCUGUCCAACAGGGGGAGACAGAGGGGCAAGGGCAUCCCCCUACACCCACAGGGCCACAAGCGCAGGGCAGCACAGGCAGAGAAAGAGAGAGAAAGAGGGAGGAAGGAGAGAGAGACAGGCACGGACAUAAUAGAAAAGGCUCCAGCAGACAGACUGCCAGACAGACAGACUGCACUACUGCUGACAAUGAGGGAGAUUUUGGAAGCUGAGGACCGCUCCAGCCCGGGUAACUCAGCUCGGAAGAAGGCCUGUAUGUUCUACCGUUCCUGUAUGGACACUGGCCCCACAGAGUCCGCCGGGCCAGAACCUUUCCUCAGGCUAGUCCACAAGCUGGGUGGCUGGGCUGUAUCAGGCCGGUGGAACCAGACAGAUUUCAACUCCACUCUGUCUCUACUGAUGAGAGACUAUGGCACCUUCCCAUUCUUUAGUGUUUAUGUGGGCAAGGAUCCUAAUGACACUCAAGGAGACAAGCGAUACAUACAGAUUGAUCAGCCGGAUUUUCAGAUACCUACUGAAUGGAGCAGCAAGACUCAGAAGUCCAAAGCUAACACCCAGAUCCUGCGUCUGUUCCUGGCCUCGUAUCAGAGGUUGCUGGCCCUGUUGGGCUCUCCCUCCAGCAGCACCAUUCUCCAUAUAGGCCUGUUCAUCUCUCUGUCCUCUGAACUGGCUGUAGCUGCCUCUCCUCUGCCGCAUCGCCUGCAACAGGGGCUGCUGUACCAGCGCAUCACCAUCAAAGAGCUACAGAAUGCAUCUUUCUUAUUUUGUGAACAGACCCUGGCCCCUGCCAUUGAUUGGCAGGGCUGUCUACAGACCACCUUCCAUCCCCACCCUGUUAGCCAAUCGGAUCACGUCCUCCUGCACAACCUCCCUUACAUAGUCCACAUGUCCCGCAUCAUCGGCAAAUGGCUGAACAAGCAUGAAUUGAGUGGCAGUGGCCCUCUUCACACCUUCAUGGUCCUCAGUCUCCUCCACACUGUCAUACCCGCGCUGGACUCCAGGUUCACUCAGACAGAGAGGAAUUUCUCCUUAGCUCUGGGGACUACAGUGGAGGAUGUCCCUCGCUGGAGGCAGUGUGUUCUGCAGACUGAGAAAGGGUUUGACACGGUACUAAAACACAUACUGAGAGAGACCACCGCAUACACAGAGGCAGAGGAGCUGAUUCAGAAUGUCUAUUCCUCCAUCAAGUCCAAAUUAUCUGAUCUCAGGUGGAGAGAUGAGGAGUCUCGCAUGUCUGUUUUGAAUAAGAUUCAGUCUUUAACUCCAAGACUUUCAACUAAAAACAACAUUUUCAGUGAAGCUGAACUCAACCAACUGUAUUCAAAGGUGACAAUUGACGAACACAUGUAUUUCUCCAACUACAUCCAGUCUCUCUCCCUCCAGCGCCAGAGACCAAGCAAACUCUUUUCCCAGGCUGAAGGAGAUGAUAUUUGGUCCCUCACUCCAUUUAUCUCCGGCAAUGAGCUAGUCUUUCCCAUAGGGAUGUUUGUCCAGCCUCUCUUCCACCCUACCUAUCCCAGGGCCAUCAACUUUGGGGUUUUGGGAUCUUUGAUGGCCAAAGAUAUUCUCCAUCUCCUUCUACCCAACAUCCAUUCUCAGAGUGUGUCUCCCAGGUCCAUAGCAGAGUGUGUGUGCCCUGACUGUUCACCCUGUCCUUUAGUCCAUUCUCAGAGUGUGUCUCCCAGGUCCAUAGCAGAGUGUGUGUGCCCUGACUGUUUAUCCUGUGCUUUAGUCCAUUCUCAGAGUGUGUCUCCCAGGUCCAUAGCAGAGUGUGUGCGAUACCAGUACCUGAGUAUGACAGAGGGACCAGGGAGAGAGGGGGCGUUCUCGCUGUCACCAGCACAGCAGCAGGAGAUGUGGGUGCAGUACUCUGCUCUGCAGAUUGCACUACAGGCUUACAAUCAGAGUUUGAAGAAGUAUCCUGGCGACUCCUCUCUCUCAGGCCUCUCUCACACUCAUCUGUUCCUUACUUCAUUCACUCAGAUCAACUGCGACUCUGACCCGUACCACGAGUUCAUGCCCUUUGAACCUUCCUUUCUGGUUACUGUCAUCUGUGGGUACUCUAACCUCUGCCCUACAACCCUCUCCUGCCCCAACAAACCCCAGCAGCAACUCUUAGGGACAUGCUGACCUAUAGAUCUACAGUAACAUCUCCUACCAAACAAAAAAUGCAGAGCCAUUGAUGAACACACAAGACUGUGAUUUAAACAGAUCAGUGUGUCUUUCCCCUCCCCCCACCCCCACCCCCGCGGGACGGUUGAGCUAAUGUAGGCUAAUAUCAUUAGCAUGAGGUUGUAAGCAACAACAACAACAAAAAUUCAGGACAUAAACAUAUCUGACAUGGGCAGAAGGCUUCAAUUCUUAACUGUCCUGUCCAAUUUACAAUAGCUAUUACAGUGAAAUAAUACCUUACUAUUGUUUGAGAAGAGUGCACAAUUAUGAACUUGAAAAUGUUUUAAUAAACCAAUUAGGCACAUUUGGACAGUCUUGAAACAACAUUUUGAACAGAUAUGCAAUGGUUCAUUGGAUCAGUCUAACACUUUUCACAUACACUGCUGCCAUCUAGUGGCCAAAAUCAAAAUUGCGCCUGUGCUGGAAUAAUACAUUAUGGCCUUUCUCUUGCAUUUCAAAGAUGAUGGUACAAAAAAAAUCAUGUUUUUUUCUUUGUAUUAUCUUUUACCAGAUCUAAUGUGUUAUAUUCUCCUACAUUAAUUGAACAUUUCCACAAACUUUGAAGUGUUUCCUUUCAAAUGGUAUGAAGAAUAUGCAUAUCUUUGCUUCAGGUCCUGAGCUACAGGCAGUUAGAUUUGGGUAUGCCAUUUUAGGCAAACAUUUUUUUUUUUUAAGGGUCAGAUCUUUAAGAAGGCAAUAGAACAGAACAGUAAAUCCAAAUGCAACUGACAGGAGAGAUGAUUAUUCAUUAGGCCCAUCCAUCCAGUCUCUUGUGACAUCCUGUGCAUGGGAGAUUUGUUUCUGGGUUCUGAGAUAAAACUAUCCAUAUUGUCUGUGUUUUAUUUAAAACUGCAGUAUGUAACAAGCACCUUGUUAUCCAUAAGGAUACUAUUAGUUAUGUUUGGAGGUUCUGGUCUGCUUACCUUUGUUAAAUGUAUGGGAGAGUGUGUCUGCCAGUUUAGAUGGUGCCAAAGACACAAACAGUGUUGAAAAAGUGUGGAUGAAGUGUGUGGAUGUAAAUAAAUAUGGAAAGGGGGAUAUUUAUUCAGUUUUACAACUGAAUGCGUUCAACUGAAAUGUGUCUUGCGCAUUUAACCCUAUCCCUCUGAAUCAGAGGUGCGCUCAUAGAUAUAGGGCUGAUAAUUCUACAAAAUAAAGUUGAUUUUUUUAAUGUGAA